GAUGCUGAGCAGAAAAGAUAAUCCUACCCUUGUUCAUAUGAUUGUUUAUCCUGGGGAAAAAGCAAGGGCUGGGAAGGACCCAAUAAGAUUCAGAGGAGGAGAAGGAAGGGGAGUGGACCAUCCUGUAACCUCUGCAAAGGAACUGAAAAUGGCGGAGGCACAACAGCUACGGACGAGGGAGCUCCACCACUGACGGCUUUUAUGGGCCUUGCAUCAGAAAAUCACAUCAACCUUUCUUCCUACAGCCAUAAAAUUUCACUAUGUUUUCAACCUCCGGGACCUCUCUAACAUCUUCCAGAUUACCACUUCGGACUCGUCAUCAUGAAGACUGGAGUGGGAGUGGCUCGAGCCCCAGGUUUUAACUCUAGUGCAUUCUUGCCUUCGGACGCUAGAUGGCAGUACUACCCAAUCUGAUGGCAGGCGUACCUGUGAAAAUCACCCUUCAGGGACUGCUCUUCUCCACAGCUGAAUGCCUCCGAGUACCAGCAGACCUGGUCCGACUAUGGCUACACGAAGCAGAAAGGGUUUACUGCGACAAACUUGUGGAGGAAAAAGAUCAAGAGAGCUUUGGCCGGGUCAUGAUGGCAACUUGCAAGAAACACUUUGAGGAUCUGGGUGACAAUGUUGUCUUUGCAAAGCCCAAUAUUUUUUGCCACUUUGCUCAGGGCAUUGGGGAUCCAAAGUAUCUACCUGUUUCCAACACUCAGUCUCUAAAUAAGCUGCUUGUGGAAGCCCUGGACAGCUACAAUGAGGUCAAUGCAGUGAUGAAUUUGGUGCUGUUUGAUGAUGCUGUGUCUCAUGUGUGCAGGAUCAAUCGCAUCUUAGAGUCUCCCAGAGGGAAUGCUUUGCUAGUGGGGGUUGGAGGCAGUGGCAAACAGAGCCUGUCCCGGUUGGCAGCCUAUAUCAGCUCCUUGGAUGUGUUUCAGAUCACACUGAAGAAAGGAUAUGGAAUUCCAGACCUCAAAGCUGACUUGGCUUCCCAGUACAUCAAAUCCGCUGUGAAGAAUACCCCCACCGUGUUCCUCAUGACAGACUCGCAGGUUGCUGAGGAGCAGUUCCUGGUGCUGAUUAAUGACCUCUUGGCAUCUGGCGAGAUCCCAGGGCUGUUUCAGGAUGAUGAAGUGGAAAAUAUUAUUAGUUCCAUGAGGCCUCAGGUGAAAUCCAUGGGCAUGCAGGAUACUAGGGAAAACUGCUGGAAGUUCUUCAUUGACAAAGUCCGAAGGCAGCUGAAGGUGAUCCUUUGUUUCUCUCCUGUGGGGUCUACCCUCCGUGUGCGGGCAAGAAAAUUCCCUGCUGUAGUGAACUGCACAGCCAUUGACUGGUUUCAUGAAUGGCCUGAAGAUGCAUUGGUGUCUGUCAGUGCAAGGUUCCUAGAGGAGACUGAAGGAAUUGAGCAUGAUGUUAAGACCUCCAUCAGUCUGUUUAUGUCAUUUGUCCAUAAAACUGUCAAUGAAAUGUCUAAGGUCUAUCUGGCCACAGAGAGGCGGUAUAAUUAUACCACCCCAAAGACUUUCCUGGAACAGAUCAAACUUUACCAGAACCUGCUGGCUAAAAAAAGAAGAGAGCUUAUUGCCAAAAUUGAGAGGCUAGAGAAUGGUUUAAUGAAACUCCAGAGUACAGCCUCACAGGUUGAUGAUCUGAAAGCCAAACUUGCUGUUCAAGAGUUAGAGCUCAAGCAUAAGAAUGAAGAUGCUGACAAAUUAAUCCAAGUAGUAGGGAUAGAAACAGAGAAAGUGAGCAGAGAGAAAGCAAUUGCUGAUGAAGAGGAGCUUAAAGUGCAGGUCAUUAAUACGAACGUAACAGAAAAGCAAAGGGCCUGUGAAACAGAUUUGGCCAAAGCUGAACCAGCUCUGAUUGCUGCUCAGGAAGCGUUGGACACUCUCAAUAAGAACAACCUGACAGAACUGAAAUCUUUUGGGUCUCCUCCGGAAGCUGUGGUUAAUGUGACAGCAGCUGUGAUGAUCCUUACAGCUCCAGGUGGCAAGAUACCCAAGGACAGAAGCUGGAAGGCAGCAAAAGGCAUGAUGGGCAAAGUGGACAGUUUCCUGGAUACCCUGAAGAAAUAUGACAAGGAGCAUAUUCCAGAGCCCUGUUUGAAAGCUUUCAAACCAUUUCAAAAUGAUCCAACCUUUGAUCCAGAGUUCAUACUGUCUAAGUCCACAGCUGCCGCUGGUCUGUGUUCAUGGUGCCUAAACAUUGUUCGUUUCUAUGAAGUCUACUGUGAUGUUGCGCCCAAGCGGCAGGCCUUGGAAGAGGCUAACACUGAACUGGCAGAGGCACAAGCGAAACUCACACUGAUUAAGAACAAGAUUGCAGAUCUAAAUGCCAACUUAGCCAAUCUGACUGCUGAAUUUGAAAAGGCCACAGCUGAGAAAAUCAAGUGCCAGCAAGAGGCUGAUGCGACUAACAGAGUUAUUUCAUUGGCUAACAGGCUGGUUGGCGGAUUAGCAUCAGAAAACGUGCGUUGGGCUGAGUCUGUGGAAAAUUUCCGUGAACAAGAAAAGACUUUGUGUGGGGAUGUGCUCUUGAUUACUGCAUUUGUUUCCUAUGUUGGCUAUUUUACAAAAAAGUACAGGACUGAGCUGCUGGACAAGUUCUGGACUCCUUACUUACAGCAGCUAAAGGUGCCAAUUCCUAUUACUCCUGGGCUAGACCCUCUGAGUCUCCUAACAGAUGAUGCAGAUAUAGCAACAUGGAAUAACCAGGGGCUCCCCAGUGACCGGAUGUCAACAGAAAAUGCAACUAUCCUCUGUAAUACAGAGCGUUGGCCACUCAUCAUAGAUGCCCAGCUCCAAGGGAUCAAGUGGAUUAAGAACAAACAUGGAGAAGACUUGAAGGCCAUUCGGCUCGGACAGAGAAGCUACUUAGAUAUCAUUGAGAAAGCAGUUUCUGAUGGAGACACUCUGCUCAUUGAGAACAUUGGAGAGACUGUAGAGCCUGUACUGGAUCCUCUGCUAGGUCGAAACACCAUCAAGAAAGGAAAGUGCAUUAAGAUAGGAGACAAGGGUGGAGUACCACCCCAGCUUCCGCCUCAUUCUGCACACCAAGUACUUCAACCCCCACUACAAACCAGAGAUGCAGGCUCAAUGCACCUGAUCAACUUUCUGGUCACCAGAGAUGGGCUGGAAGACCAGCUUUUAGCUGCUGUUGUGGCUAAGGAGAGACCUGACCUAGAGGAACUGAAGGCCACUCUUACAAAGCAACAGAAUGAGUUUAAGAUAAUCCUGAAGGAGCUGGAGGAUUCCUUACUGGCUCGACUCUCUGCCGCAUCAGGAAACUUCCUCGGGGACACGGCCUUGGUGGAAAAUCUGGAAACAACCAAGCGGACAGCAAAUGAGAUAGAAGAAAAAGUGAAAGAGGCUAAAAUUACUGAAGUGCAAAUUAAUGAAGCUAGAGAGAAUUACAGGCCAGCUGCAGAAAGGGCAUCCUUGUUGUAUUUUAUACUAAACGACCUCAACAAAAUCAACCCCAUCUAUCAGUUCUCCUUAAAGGCAUUUAAUGUGGUCUUUGAGAAAGCCAUUCAACGUACUCUUCCAGCAGAUGAUGUGAAACACAGAGUGAUCAACCUAACUGAUGAGAUCACAUAUUCAGUCUAUAUGUACACAGCUCGGGGACUUUUUGAAAGAGACAAGCUCAUUUUUCUUGCCCAAGUUGCCUUUCAGGUCUUGCUGGUGAAGAAAGAAGUGAAUCCAGUGGAAUUGGACUUUCUCCUGCGCUUUCCCUUUAAAGCUGGACUGGCAUCUCCAGUAGAUUUCUUAUUAGGUCAAGGAUGGGGUGGAAUUAAGGUGCUGUCUGAGAUGGAUGAGUUCAAAAACUUGGACAGCGAUAUUGAAGGUUCUGCUAAGCGGUGGAAAAAGUUUGUGGAAUCUGAGACCCCCGAGAAGGAAGUAUUUCCAAAGGAAUGGAAGAACAAGACAGCUCUGCAAAAGCUGUGCAUGAUGAGAUCUAUGAGGCCAGACCGCAUGACCUAUGCAGUCAAGAAUUUUGUGGAGGAAAAGAUGGGGAGUAAAUUUGUUGAAGGCCGAAGCGUUGAAUUCUCCAAGUCAUACGAAGAAAGCAGUCAAUCUACACCAAUAUUCUUCAUCCUCUCUCCUGGAGUGGAUCCGCUGAAGGAUGUUGAAGCCCUAGGUCAAAAGCUUGGCUUCACCAUAGACAAUGGGAAAAUCCACAAUGUGUCCCUAGGACAAGGACAGGAGGUUGUGGCAGAACACGCUCUAGAUGUGGCUGCAGCAGAGGGACAUUGGGUCAUCCUUCAGAAUAUACAUCUGGUAGCCAAGUGGCUAGGAACACUGGAUAAGAAGGUUGAACGGUACAGCCUGGGGAGCCAUGAUGAUUACAGAGUCUUCAUGAGUGCUGAGCCUGCUCCCUCUCCAGAUUCCCACAUCAUCCCUCAGGGACUCCUGGAAAAUGCCAUUAAAAUCACCAAUGAGCCUCCAACAGGCAUGUAUGCCAACUUACACAAAGCCCUGGAUCUUUUUACACAGGAUACCCUAGAAAUGUGCACCAAAGAAAUUGAAUUCAAGUGCAUUCUCUUUGCUCUCUGCUAUUUCCAUGCCGUGGUGGCAGAACGGCGGAAAUUUGGAGCUCAAGGAUGGAAUCGGUCUUAUCCAUUCAACAAUGGAGAUCUCACUAUUUCCAUCAAUGUACUAUAUAAUUACCUGGAAGCCAAUGUGAAAGUUCCCUGGGAUGACCUGCGGUAUCUCUUUGGUGAGAUCAUGUACGGGGGUCACAUCACUGAUGACUGGGACCGCAGACUAUGCCGGACUUAUCUGGGUGAAUACAUCCGUAUGGAGAUGCUGGAGGGAGAAAUGCUCCUAGCUCCAGGAUUCCUUAUCCCACCCAACUCUGAUUAUAAGGGUUAUCAUGAAUAUAUUGAUGAAAACCUCCCACCCGAGAGCCCUUACCUAUAUGGGCUUCAUCCUAAUGCAGAGAUUGGUUUCCUCACUGUCACCUCUGAGAAACUUUUCCGCACGGUCCUGGAAAUGCAACCCAAAGAGUCAGAUGCCGGAGGGGGGACCGGUGUGUCCCGAGAGGAAAAGGUAAAAGCUGUGCUAGAUGAGAUCAUGGAUCGGCUUCCAGAGCCCUUCAAUAUGCUGGAAAUCAUGGCAAAGGCAGCUGAGAAGACCCCAUAUGUAGUAGUUGCUUUCCAAGAAUGUGAACGAAUGAACAUCCUUACCAGUGAAAUUAGACGUUCUCUGAAAGAAUUAAACUUGGGGUUGAAGGGAGAGUUAACAAUCACAACAGAUAUGGAAGACCUAUCAACUGCUCUUUACUAUGAUAAUGUUCCUGAUUCCUGGACAAACCGGGCCUAUCCAUCUUUGCUCAGCUUGGCAGCGUGGUAUGCUGACUUACUGCUCCGGAUCAGAGAGCUGGAGGCCUGGACAACAGAUUUUGCCCUUCCUACAACUGUGUGGCUAGCAGGCUUUUUUAACCCUCAGUCUUUCCUCACGGCCAUUAUGCAGUCUAUGGCUAGGAAAAAUGAGUGGCCUCUUGACAGAAUGUGCCUUUCAGUAGAAGUUACCAAGAAGAACCGGGAGGAUAUGACAGCUCCACCUCGAGAAGGCUCCUAUGUGCAUGGGCUCUUCAUGGAAGGUGCACGCUGGGAUGUUCAGACCGGUGUCAUCAGUGAUGCACGCCUGAAGGAGCUGACACCCUCGAUGCCAGUCAUCUUCAUUAAAGCCAUUCCUGUGGAUCGUAUGGACACCAAGAACAUGUAUGAGUGCCCUGUGUACAAGACACGCAUGCGAGGCCCCACCUAUGUCUGGACCUUCAAUCUUAAAACAAAAGAGAAGCCAGCUAAGUGGAUUCUUGCUGGAGUUGCUUUGCUCUUACAAGUUUAAUCACCACCGCCACUCCCUUUCCAGAAAAUAAAGUAAGAAACUUGUUUGCAAGUUUUUCAAUAAAAAGUAAGUAUCUUGUGUAUAUACUGCUCAGGU